CCUAACCAUAUGACAUUUCCCAAAUGUCGCUUUUCGAGGUGACUUUGGUUCCUAUCAAUACGCUUCUGUGCCGUUGAGGCUGGCUGGCCUUCUCCCAAACCUUCCUCAAUGGACCCUGGCACAACAAAUCCCCAAGUGAGCGACCGACGGCAUUGGUUGUACAACCCUGUGACCACUACCAUUCAAGCAGACGAACUUCAUCCAGACAACAGCGUCAAGCUCUUUCUCAAGACACCCUUGUACGCUCCGUUACUCUUCACCAAUGUUCAAUCCGACGCUCGAGAUCACUGUGCAAAUGAACGGACAUUUUUGUCCUGGCUUCGUCUUUCGAUCUUCCUCACAGUGGUCUCAGUCGCCAUCUACACCAACUUCCACCUUAAACACCAACCCACUCCGCUUGAACGUAGCCUAUCUCAACCUCUAGGUCUCAUCUUUUGGAUCCUUGCUGUGGUUUGUCUCGUGAGUGGCGUGGCCAAUUACAUGAAGACAGUGACCAAAUACGCGAAUCGCCGUGCUUUGGUUCAAUCGGGAAUCAAGACUCAGUUCGUGUCACUAAUUGUAGCCACCGCCAUUAUCGUGGCAUGCGGGUUGUUCUUAGGUUCCGAAGCACAAGCAUCACGAGUCGGACGCAGAACGAUAUUGUAACUAUUCCAGACACUGUCAGAGAAAUGACCUUCAAUGAUGUAUAUAAUAGAUGGCUGUGACCUCG